GAAGAGCCGAUACGCCUUUACGACAUCCUGGUCGUAGAAGAUGUUACGGGGGCAGAGAGGUCAUGCAGAACUCUCUAUAUAAGGAGGAUGCGGGCAGGUCACUAGGAUCUUCGCACACACGCGUACGCAGGUGAGACAGAGAGCGAGGGAGAGAGAGCGCAUGCGAGAGAGAGAGAGAGAGAGAGAGAGAGAGAGAAAGAAAGUGCAAGAGGACCGGUCGAUCACAGGCGAGGAAGCGCGUGUGUGUAGGACAGCGCGCCGUGCUCAGGUCUAGCUAUAGGUAACAAUAUCGUGACGCAGAGAUCUGUUCCAACCACUGAGAGACACACGCUCCUGGACCAAACAUGCAGGCCGCAUUUUUCGCUAUAGUCCUGCUCGUCUGGACUGGCACGAUGAAGGUCCAAGCCCAGGACCCCGUGCACCGACCCUACAGCAGGCAGCAACAGUCACGACAGCAGCCACAGCCACAAUGGCAGCAGCAGUGGAGACAACAGCAGCUCGCGCGAGGCCGGGGUGCUAGCCGUGGUGCUGACGUCAGCGCGUCGUCCGCAGCAGCGACGACCGCAGGUCGUGCGCAAUCCACCGACAGCGCCACUACAAUUCAGCAGGCAGGCCGCGGGAGGGCGCCAGCGGCGGACAGCGGGCGGGUAUCUGCUCCUGUGAACAGCGGUAGAACGCAGGCGAAUCCUUAUUCGGGCCUCUACCGUGGCAAUCAGCAAGGCCAGGCUCUCGUUAAAAACAUAAUCGUGAAAUGCCUGGACACUCCUGGCCGGAAGUUGAUGGAGGUGACAUUGGAAAUGUCGAACAGCUUCUGGGGAAGCGUCUACACGGCCAGAGACUUCGGCAGCUCCAACUGCCGGGCUCGCGGCACCGGGUCGAACUACGUGCGUCUUUACGUGCCGUUCUACGGCUGUAGCACGCGGGAGCUGGUCGAUCGUCAGCGCGCACCGCGACAACGCAAGUUCGUCAACAACAUCGUCGUACAGAACAGUCCUAACAGCAUUGUGGCCGGCACUGACAAGGCCUACCCCGUCAGCUGCACACUGCGUCUGUCACAGCCCACGACGACCACAGCCCCCGCUCCCAUGCCUCUACAGGCGCAGGUGAACACCGGAGGACUGGGGAAUAGGUUCUCCGGAUACGGCAACGUUCCCAUAGAGCAUCUACUGUCUGGUCAACAUGAGCCCUUCACGAACUACGACCAAGGCAGGUCGUUCAACACCUACAACAACCAUCUGCUCGGAGGAGGUCACGAUGAGCACACGGAUAUCAAGUGGCUUGAGGACGAUGCAGAUUUUAACGAGCAGCACGGUGGCGCCCCCUUGAACGAGAAGCCCGACCCAGAGCUGACCGUAUUUCCGGGCGUGUCGGGAUCUACAGAGAACUUCUUCACAGUUGGCCAGCCGGCCACCGUGCUCGUCGAGUGGGACAACACCAAAAACUGGGACGUGAUGAUCAGAAACUGCUACGCACACGACGGCAGGGGGCAGUAUUUCAUCAAGCUCAUCGAUGAUAUGGGAUGCGCCCGCCACGACCUGACGGGUGCGCCACUGUACCUGACGAACCCAGUGCGCGAUUUCGGAUUCAGCGGAGGCAUCGUUACUCGCACGAUCGACUUCAACUUCUUCUCGUUCCGCUUCCCGUCAUCCGACACCGUCUACUUCCACUGCGAGACACGCAUCUGCGAGCACGCAUGCGUGCCUGGCCAGUGCUUCUAUGCGCACAACCCCUACACUCGGCCCAAGAAACACAACCACCACAAGCGCUCAGCAGACUUCAACGAAACCUUGAUUGAGGAUACGGAGACAACAGCGACGCGAGAUGAGACGCUAAAGAAGAAGCCGAAGCAGGAGGUGAAUGUGAAGGGCGACGGAGGUGAGAGGAAGCCGAGAGAGGAGGUGAAAGUGGAGCUGUCGGAGGGAAUUGUCGUCUUCCUCCCCGGUCUCAACGAUGAAACCACGCUUGUGGAAGUUGAAGCUGCAACCGCCCCCGCCGCCCCCGACACUGCUUCGUGCGUCCAACCUGUCAGUUUUUACUCAGUCAUCGCUGCCACUAUAGUGUUCGUGAUCCUGACGGCUGUUGUUGUUAGUCUGAAGGUCAAACACGUCACGGUUAGUAAAGUUUAGAGAGAGGGAGAGAGUAGGAGAGAGAAAGAGAGAUGGAUGAAAAACAUACGUACAAGAUGGACACAAGACAAUAACGAGUGGAAUAUUUACUUGACACUCGCUAUGUCUAACGUUCUUCUUUGGUUUUGUUGUAGUGCAAAUGAUAAUCAAGACUGUCUAUAUGUAUGCCUACUGUCAUGUGCCGCUCCAUUUCGUGAUGUAAAAUGUUCUUGCUAUGUUACGUUUCGUGAUUUGAUGUUUCUGUGAUGUUACGUUUUGUGAUUUAAUGUCCAUGUGAGUUUACGUUUCGUGAUUUGCUAUGUCUAUAUGUGCCAUUAGAUUGAUGUAUGUCCCUGUGAUGUUACGUUUCGUAAUUUGCUAUGUGCACGUGACAUUAGAUUUCGUAACUUGAUAUAUGUCCCUGUGAUGUUACGUUUCGUGAUUUGAUAUAUACAUGAGACAUUACAUUUCUUGAUUUAAAAUGUCUAUGUGACAUUUCACUUUGUGGUUUGUUUUGUACCUAUUACGUUUGAUUACGAUAAACCGUUCCAAUAUGGCGGACGACGCGUUCUGUGACUCUCAAUGUUGCUAUGUGGUUACUCUGGCACCACUCCGUAUACUGAUCAUGUGAAACGUUUAGCCGUCACCUAUAGACCUAGCUGACGUCAAUGCGGAAAAUGCCGGAUUCUGCUGCCGUAUGAUUUUGACGGUUGGCCUGUUACCUCUUUAUGCAACAUGGUUUCCGGUGCGUCUUCUGGGGUCACGUGCACACGGCUUUGUGGCUUAGGUAACUGGGGCGUGUUAGUUCGUGGAAUGUUCAUGAGUGUAUAGCUUUAGCCGUUGACAGCCGAUAUACUCCCAUUUACUCCUAACAUCGCUCCGUAAUUCAGCGUUUAUUGCCACGCGCUGUCCGCUUAAUCUAAUCACAGCUUGUAAUGAUGUAUGUUAUUUUUACCUGAGGUACUUUAGAUAUAGUAUUACAAUUUGUAGUCGCCGAGAGCCCAAUUAAUUGUGGAAUCAGAAGAAGCAUAGGGUUAUAAUACAGUACCUCCUCACGGUUACUCUAGCAUCGAAUUCAUUCACUACAGUUUCGUCCACCCAUUCCUUCACAAUAUACAAUUCAUACACACAUAAACAAUAUUUAUAUGAGCAAAUGUGUUUGCAAAUAGGCAUUCGCUGUCUCAGAGCCAAUGCAACCAAAACGAUGAUUGAGGGAGUCAAUCUACAAUGGCGGGAGGGUGUAGAUCGGGGGUUUCAAGAAUCAUUAUUUUUGUUUCUGUAUUUUAUUCUGUAAUAUACCCAUUUUCAUCAACAUCCUUAUCAAAGAUAUCAAAUCAUUAAUUUUGCUAGUUAACAAGCACGUAUAUCAUAGUAAAUCGCUGCCAAGUAUAAAUGUUAUAUCUGACUACUAUGGCACCGUAUUUAUUAAUAUCAUUUGUUAUAACUUUCGAACUGAUUAUUAGUGAAAUAAAAUGACGUUUGCAUUA